CAGUUUCAAUCGACAAGUAAAUUAAGGACGAUUUUGAUCAAACUUCAAUUAAUUUAAUCAGCAAUUAACUCGACCAGCAGAAUUGUUUAAAGUCUCUAAUAUACAAUUCGUUAUUUUCAAUUCAUUUCAUCAUACAAACAUAAUUCUAUUGAUUAAUUCAAUAGUUUUAUUCAUAUUACUUAAAAUAUUACUGAUUAAAUUAAUUAAAAUUCGGUCAAAGUUGAAUUCGAUUCGUAUAUAUUCCAAUAAUCGACGGCAACAGUGUACGAAGUAAGACGCAACGCGCAUGCGCGAGAAAGUAACGCGGCCAAUGAGCGCGUCCGUGCCUCCUGCGUUCGACCAGUCGGCCGCCGCGUUCGAUUAAUCGUAUGAUUGGCGCGACUUUUGUCUGUGUCGGCGCCGCGUCUCAAGGUUUCGUCCGCGCCGGUUAUUAACGAUGUCAAGGCGUUUACCUUGAUCAAUAAUGUUCGAUAGUGAAACCGCAGAACGCGAGCGUUGUCGCGACGCGUUUUGAAACGCAACGUUUUUUUUCGCAACGGGACGAGACUUCACGAGAUUGCUGCUGUCGUCGCUGUCGAUCGCGAGGCUACCAUCUUUUCGAGUCCAGUAGUGCCCAGCAGACGACGCACGACUAUCGGACUGUCAACGUGCAAACAUGGCGUCCGCAACGUCGUUCCUAACCAUGAGGUAUCCGAUUGUCUCGUAAAACGAAAAUAAGUAUCGUUUCGUUACGGCGGGGAACUGGUAAUAGUUCUAGUCGCCGAUAGUGGGUGGAAGGUCGUCACUCUGACAUUCGCUUGCGCAUUUCCGUACCCUUACUGAUGGAUGACGACACGAUUGCUUUUGGAGAAGAGGAGGAGGAGGCCCAGAAUUUCAACAAGCUUAAACACCCGUAUGUUACGCUGUUUCACUUGGCCUUCCGGAUAGCGGCUAUAAUUGUUUAUUUGUUUUGCGGCUUGUUUUCAAAUAGUUUUAUAGCAAGCUUUGUAACAGUGGUACUACUUUUAUCGAUGGAUUUUUGGACCGUUAAAAAUAUUACAGGAAGAUUAAUGGUUGGCCUUAGAUGGUGGAAUUAUGUGGAUGACGAUGGCAAAAGUCAUUGGAUUUUUGAAUCUAAAAAGGGUGCACAACAGAACCGCAUUAAUGCAACCGAGGCGCGAAUCUUUUGGUUAGCCCUGAUUUUGUGCCCAUUUUUUUGGUCAAUGUUAUUUAUUGCAGCGUUAUUUGGUUUUAAAUUCAAAUGGCUUUUGCUCGUUUGCAUUGCCAUAGUUUUAAACGGUGCAAAUCUAUAUGGCUAUGUCAAAUGUAAAAUGGGAAAUGAUCAAAAUAUUUCAACGGCCACAAGUGAUUUCAUCAGGAAACAAGUUCUUCAAAAUGUUACAUCAAUAAUGACCAGGAGUCCACCAACGAAUAAUUCCAAUCAACCAACUAAUGUUAUAUAAAUUAUGA